GAUGUGCAGUAGUUUGAGGAAGAAGACCUGUUUAGGAAUGCAUGUCAGGACGAAACACCAUGGAGGAUUGUGUGGCAGGAGGGAAAGCUGUAAACGUGUGUGUGUAAGGGAGAAUUAGUGGGAGGGGUGUGUGUCAGGAGAAAGUGUUCAGUAAAUGUGUAAUUUAUAUUUAUACCCCAAUAGAAUUUCGAAAGAAAACAGGAAAUCACGUGGUUACCAUCUAGGAAAUGAAAGUGAAACUCAGACUGGAUCUAAUAACAACAACAAAAGAAAAUGGCAUCUAAUUUUUCAGAAGAGGAUUUGUCCUGUCCUGUGUGCAUUGACAUCUUUAAGGAUCCUGUCCUUCUAUGUUGUAGUCACAGUAUCUGUAAACUGUGUUUGCAGCAGUACUGGGAAACCAAACGAGCCAAAGAAUGUCCAGUUUGUAGGAAAAGAUCAUCCAGGAACAAUCCUCCCCUAAACCGGGCCUUAAAGAACCUGUGUGAGAUUUUCUUACAGGAGAGAAGUCAGAGAUCAUUAUCAUCUGAACGAGUCUGCAGUCUGCACAAUGAGGAACUCAAACUCUUCUGUCUGGAUGAUCAACAGCUGGUGUGUUUGGCGUGUCAGCAUUCAAGAAAACACAACAACCACAAAUUCUGCCCCAUAGACGAGGCAGUAACAGAUCACAAGGAGCAGCUAAAAACUACACUAAACCCUUUAGAGAAGAAACUUAAGAUCCUUAAAGAUUGUAAACUGAACUGGAGUCAGACUGCAGAAUAUAUAAAGAUUCAGGCCCAACACACAGAACGUCAAAUUAAGGAGGAGUUUGAGAAGCUUCACCAGUUCUUACGGGAUGAAGAGGCAUCUAGGAUUGCUGCACUGAGAGAGGAAGAGGAGCAGAAGAGUCAGAUAAUGGAGGAAAAGGUUGAGAAGCUGAGCGGAGAGAUAUCAUCUCUUUCAGACACAAUCAGAGCCAUAGAAGAGGAGAUGAGAGCUGAAGAUGUUUCUUUCUUACAAAAAUACAAGUCCACAGUGAAAAGAGCCCAGUGCACACUACAGCAUCCAGAGGAGCUUUCAGGAGCACUGAUCCAUGUGGCAAAACAUCUGGCCAACCUGAAGUUCAGAGUCUGGAAGAAGAUGCAGCACACUGUUCAAUACACACCUGUAACUCUGGACCCCAACACUGCUCAUACGAAAGUCAUUGUAUCCAAUGAUCUGACCAGUGUGAGAUUCAGUGAUAAAAAACAGGAGCGUCCUGAUAAUCCAGAGAGAUUUGAUGGAUUGCAAUGUAUCCUGGGCUCUGAAGGCUUUAACUCUGGGACACACUGCUGGGAUGUUGAAGUUGAAGACUCUACACUGUGGUUAGUGGGUGUGAUGACAGAAUCUGCUCUGAGAAAAGGAGAUAUAACUUCCAGAAGUGGACUCUGGUAUCUUAGGUAUAAUGAUAGUGUAUUUCGAGCACGUUCUACACCACAACCUUCCAAUAUCCUCUCAGUAGUGUGCAAACCCCAGAGGAUCAGAGUGCACCUGGACUGGGACAGAGGAAUGCUGUUAUUCUUUGACCCUGUCACUAACACACACUUACACACUUUCUCCCACAGAUUUACUGAAAAAAUCCUGCCAAUUCUAGCUGUUGCUUGUAAAGACUUUUCUCUAAAAAUCCUCACAAUUCCGUGCUCUGUAAGAGUGGAGUGUUAGAGUUGGUUCUAAAAAGACAUGCUGUAUAUAUUUUUAUAUUUUAAUAAUUUGUAUUCUUUUGGUACAAGAAAAAGCCCUUUGUUUGGACAAGUACCUUAGAGUCAUUCUUAGAGAUUCUUAGAGUUCAGAUCAUUAUAUAAAUAAAUUUUGGCCUAGCAAGGACCUGCAAUUUGGUUAAUUUGAAUCUAUUAAAAAUACAGUGAAAUAAUUUCUAAAUAAAUUGUUUAUAGUUGAGAAAAAAAAAAAAUUCUACAUAGAAAAAACAUGCCUGUGUGUGUAUCCACAAUCAACUAGUCCUUGAAAAUGAAUAAAUAAUCAAGUUAAAAAUAACCCUACUUUUUAUGCUAUUUUCCAAUCUGGCCUUGUUUUUUAUUAUUUUUUUAAAUGACAUAAUGACUUUCAAGUAAAUGUGUAGAUCAAUUUAAGUUAAAGUUCAACUACACCCACUUAAAACUAGAGCUACUAUUGCCAUUAAAUUUUAAACUUGAAGGCAUGUUUCAAUUGGAAGUUGGACUGGCUUUGUGUAGCCAAAUAUUGUCACAGAUUUAAUAUUCUAUAAUACAGCAUUAACUGAGCAAUGCUAAGCCUUGUAUAGAAGAGGUGAGUAAUGAGACCUGGCUCUGGGUGAAAUUUAUUUCACCCAAAGAUAGAUAUGAUUCAACACAUCAGGUUUCUCUCUGGUUCCACAUUAGAGCAAACAUCCAACUUAUAGAGUCAUGAACAAUAUUCUCAUGUUCACAAGAGCAAGUGAGUCUAGAUAUUUAAUGCUCUAUGUUUCUCUCUUUAUGUCUACUGGAAAGAAAGAUGCUGCUGUCCACCUAUAUAUUGUCCCAGACUAUGAGUGCAAACUUACUGUAUAACAAACAACAUAUUUGAUGAUUAAUAAA